AUGGUUCAACGACCACAACCUCUAUUGAUGUCUUGUUCGAAUAACGAGUACAAUGUCAACGAUGACGAGAUGAGUUUAACUGUGGUUUGUUCCAAUGAUGUCGUAUCGGAAGUGAGGAAACAAACAACAAAUGCCCUAAUGAAAAGAAAAGAGCAUCCUCCGAGUAGAAAAUAUAUGUACAGUAGCAAUAAGGCUUCAACUAAAAAUGUAAUGAAUAACAAGACUCCUUCUUUCUACAAGGAAAUUGGAAAUUCAAUAUUUGUGGAUGCAGAAUGGAAUGAAUUUUUAAAUGCAAAUCCGAAGGUGUUGCAAAUUAUUUUUCGAUUCUUGACGAUAGAAGAUGUUGUGAGGAGUGAAUUUUAUGUGUGCAAAUAUUGGCAAGAUUUGAUUUUAAAUCUAUAUGGUGACCGAUUUAAAAAUCAAUAUAAAAUGGAAAAUGAACUGUUGAUAACGAGUCGAUUUCGUUUUGAAGCCCACACCACCAAUGUGUUUGACCAAAUUGAAGAAGAGGAUCAAAAGAUUAUGAUGGACGAAAUUCCUCUGAAACAACAAGCCGAAAAGAAAGUGCGCUUUUCCAAGGAAGAGGAAGGAAAAGAAAUCAUUCCUUGUGAUAUUGCCUAUGAUAGAAAUGUCACAAAAAGAUUUCUCAUCAAUUCAAAAGACGUUGUUGAGAGGUAUGCCCUCUUCGUGAGAUAUACAUGUCUUUCAAGAGCCAGAGAAGCAUUAUAUCGAUAUAUUAACUACUUGUUAGAUGCGUAUACGCAAAUUACCACUGAAGAGGCAAAGAGAUUUCGAAAAUUUAUUGGUUGGAAUGAAAUGAAUGAGCAAGAAAGGAUUAAUAUUCAUCAAUCUCUUUUAAAACAGGCCUUGCAAUGGUGUAACGUUACACUUAAUUUUCCUACCAAAAAGGUGACAGAGUUAUUUGAUUUGAGUCGUGACAUUGUAUUGCUAUCUGGAGAUUUUGCUGGUUUUGACAUGGAAAUUGGUGUAGAAAAGCAAGGGAAAACACGUGUCGUUUUCGACGAGGUGGCGCAGUUGAGUGAUGACGCUAUGGACAGCCUUUUGUCGAAUUAUUCUUCUGUAUCAUUUGUGGAUGAUGACAAGUUCAACAAGAAACAUGUCUAG